CGACGCGUUCCCCUUCGCCUAGACCUCCUCGGGUGCCUUGUGGCAUCUCUGGAUACCACGGGACGGGCUGGGCCGGGUAGGCCCGCCUAGCUCAGGGGGUGGUUUCGAGUGGUUCUCGGUUAUCCCCGCUACGCCCCGCCGACGUCGUCCCCGUCGCCCUCGUCGUCUACCCCGAUCAUCAGCGACCAUGCGCCGUGUCGUCGGGCAACAUGUCCGCCGGGAGUUCCGAGGGUUGAGCAAUGCAGCGGGAUAUUAUUACGCCGGAUUCUUUUACCCUGAAUCGAUUGACGUGACCGAACGUAUUUAUUGAAAACUUGAUUAAGUUUAUCCUUCGCAACAAGAGUUAUAUUGCGUUUAGAUGAAUUGUGAUUGUGCCGUUUAUUGUGCUAGAUUUUCACCGAGGGGGUGUAUUGAUUUUGAUGUUCAAAGGCCCGCGGAGUGCUGGUUCUAGGGAGGCUUAUACCAUCGGCUGUGGCGAAGAAACGAAUACGUGCAUCACAGGAUGAGCAAGAGAUCACCACGCUGGCUUACCACGGAUCUGUCUGCCCUUCAAGGCACUACGGAUGAUCUUUAGAAGGCAGAGGGCAUGAAGCACCGAACUCAUGCAGUGGCGAAAAUACGUACGAAUCAAGUACGGUGGUCGAGUUGGUGUCGGUGGUCCGGUUGGUCAAGGACAGCAAGGGCAGCAAGAGCAGCGACAGGUGCGUGUGGUCCAGCUGCAGCGGGAAGGAGGACGGGGAUUCAACUACGUCUUUCAUCAGCCUUGUCAACCGCCGGAAGCUCAGCGCAGCUGCAGCGCUGCAGCCAUGCUGUGCUGUGGCCGCAGAAAGGAGGGGCGGGGGGAGGUAACAGAUAUAAGUGCAAGUCCUGGGCGGCAGGUCCCCGUCAACCAAUUGCGUCCAAAGGAACCACCACCUAUGGUGAUUCAAGGAGAUUUCAGAAAGGUCAGUGGAAUAAGUACGGAGAUAUUCAAGCAAAUCGAAACUGUGGAGAACGAUCUCGAUGCAUCAACUGCAGCUGCACUAGAGGCUGUAGAUCGGCGUGGAGAAAUGGUCGUUCGUGUUAUAGAGCCACGCCAAUUGGGUAGGCAGGCUUCGGAGGCUGCCAAAAAGUUUAUGGGGAUGCAGGAUUCAAAACAUCCGGUACAUUUAGUAGAAAUUAUUAAAAGGCCGGGACAAACUUUGGGUCUUUAUAUACGGGAAGGCAAUGGGAUAGACAGAAACGAUGGUGUUUUCAUAUCAAGAAUUGCUCUGGAGUCUGCUGUUUACAACAGUGGAUGUUUAAAAGUAGGUGAUGAAAUUUUGGCAGUUAACUUGGUCAGUGUUUCACACAUGGGUAUCGAUGAUGUAGUAAUUAUAAUGUCAAUACCUCGGAGAUUAAUCUUAGCGACGAGGCACGGACCUCAUCAACCAGUGUCACACAGUCGUCAAAAUGAGCACAAAGCGCCUCCUGUUGUUGUCAUAAAACGAGAGCUCAAUGAAGAUGAGAGUGAUCAUACCACGAGCAAUCAUAUUAGGGAUAGCAGUCGCCGAAGAGGUGAUGGAAGAGAAAUGUUGCCAUCUCGAUCCAGGCUAGGCCUAACAGGUCUUGGUUCCAGUCAGGAUUUGGGAUCUAGUAACGGUGAUCUCUACUAUAACUCUAGGCCUGAGAAUCAUUGGUCAUAUCAACCUCCUCCGCCACCCGUUAUCACACAUCAACCAAAGCCAUCAACUACGCAGCACUUUCAACCGUACGAACGUGGUUAUCCAAAAACUCUGGAAAGUCUCGCAGAAAAAGAUUUUACAAAGGUACAUUCAUUCUACACUGGGCCUGUGAUGCCAUCGAAUAGUGGACGCCGUAUGUCAACGGGUGGCGGAAUGCAAUCAGUUGCCGGCAGGUUGUCAGGGCAAAAUCAAACUGGUCACUACGGAUUUACACAGCAUAGUAGUAGUGGCAGAAUCAUGCCUCGCAGCGGAUCCGAUCAACAUUUGCCUCGUGUUGAUUACACAAGCAUAACAACUCCUGCUCGUCAUACCUUACUGAGAUCUAGUUUGAAAUCUGGAUCUUCGACACUUCGUUACAACUCACGCUACAGUACCCAGAAUGACACUGGAUCUUCUUCGCAAAGGCAGGGACAAUUCGGCACCUUGACCAGAAGACAUAGACCUUCUCUGGAUUAUGCUUCUGAUACAGAAGCGACGUGCUCUAGUUCUCCUAGGUCGGCAUAUUAUCACUACAGGCACAAUUUGAAUAACCCUUCACAGAGCAGUGCUGUUUCUCACUUAGCUACACUCUCCAGAUCUCAGAUCGGGCAAAGUUCCUCAGGACUACGGUCUAAUUCUUUACCAAGAAGUGGCAGAACAUUACCGCAACAGCCAGGCGUUCGAACUGGACUUAGUACUGUAACAUCUGGUCUCAUAGAUCAAGAAGAUAGCGAUGGUGCUUUGUCUGCUCCUGAAUUGCCUUCUAUUAAACGUGAUCGAGGCAGAAUACCAUCAUCGCCGAGUGUAUUUACGUCAGAUGAGUACAGAGCAUGGUUGAGCCGUACUCCAAGCACUAGUGCACUUUAUGAGCAGAUCAGAGCUACCACCAAUAGACCUCCACGUUACACUUACAGUGCUGAAAAUAUCCACGCUGCUGCUAAUCAGGCUGAAUAUGGUGGCUAUGGCUCUUAUCGGCCAAUGUCUAGCACAUUGGAUCGGUUAUCUACAAGGUCUGCGUCUGCUCAACAAGUAAAUCUGGCGAAUUUGCGAGCUUCGACAGCUAUCAGUUCAUCCUGUCAUCGAACAUCGUCAAAUCCACGGCCAGCAUCUGUAGCUUCCAAUACUCGAUCAUCUUUGUCUAAUACAAAGGCUGCUUUAACUAACUCAGCAAGUCAAAGAGCCAGUUCUGUUAGGAGAAUUAGGAAUUUGUUAGAUCUAGAGUCUACGAGAAAUAUACCAAAUCCUACUCCAACUAGAACUCAAGAUCAAAGACUGCUAGAUAUAAACCCUGCAGAGUUCCUCAAAUAUAAAAUAGAAAAGCCACCAACAGUAGGAACCCCUAGUUCCACCAGCUCUUUAUUGAGUUCCCUUGGCGAGGGAAGUGCUGGAGGGGAUCUAGCAAGUGGUGUCAGUGGUCUACUCUGGGUCCACUUGUUAGCAGGCCGUGGUCUUCGGUCUACCACUUCAUCCUCGGCCGCUACUACCCCAUCAACACCAUCUGGACAACCCAGCCUUGGUAGUUGUGGCUUGAGAGAUCUUUACUGUGUAUUGGAGUGUGAUCGUGUGCAUAAAGCCCGCACUGUUGUGCGUACGGGGGAUCUGAUGUUUGACUGGGAUGAAACAUUCGAGUUGGAUUUAGUUGGCAAUCGCCAAUUGGACUUACUGGUGUAUUCGUGGGAUCCUCAGCAUAGACACAAAUUAUGUUACAAGGGAUCGGUACAUUUAGCAACUCUGUUGAAAGAAUCUCCACUUCAUCAAUUGGCACUGAAGGUCGAGCCACGUGGUACUCUUUAUUUACGCCUUCGAUACACUGAUGCUCACCAAACUUUUAAACGGCGUGGACUUCCAGUCCUAUCUCUUGCAACAAGAGUAGCCCCACUGUUCGGAGUUGAUUUAGAUACUGUGGUGAGCCGGGAAAGCAAAACCGGAGGUGUUCCGGGUGGAGUCUCAACAGCUUUGGCAAUGUCAGGUACCCAGAAUGUUCCUAUUAUCGUAUGGCGCUGUGUUGAAGAAGUCGAAAGGCGGGGACUUGAUAUAAUUGGCCUAUAUCGGUUGUGUGGAUCGGCAACAAAGAAAAGAAUUCUGCGUGAGGCAUUUGAGCGCAAUGCAAGAUCCGUUGACCUUUCACCAGAUAAUGUCCCUGACAUCAAUGUUAUAACAGGAGUUUUGAAAGACUAUCUGAGGGAAUUACCAGAACCAUUGUUUACAAAGUGCCUCUAUCAAAUGAUGGUUGAUGCACUCGCUGUCUGCCUACCCGACGAUCCACAGGGCAAUGCUAAACUUAUGUUCAGCAUACUAGAUUGUUUACCAAAAGUCAAUAGGUGUACACUGAUAUAUUUAUUGGAUCACUUGGCAAUGGUUGUAUCGCAAUGCAACAAGAUGUCUCCAGCAAGUUUGGCAGUUUGUUUCGGUCCAGUAUUGAUGCUUCAUUCGGAAGAUAACACACCCCCCUUGGACUUCCAACAACCAAUUGCAGUUCUUAAGUAUCUCCUUGAAAUAUGGCCUGUGAAGUCAGUUCGGAAGAUUUCUUCAGCCGCUUCAACGCUAACUCGAGCUAUGCCGCAAGUCGGUCACAGCAAUCAAUCGGGUCAGUCGGCACAGGGCACAUUGGGUCGCACCGGGCUGCCCUGGCAGCAGCAACCCUCACUUCAUCAUCCGCCCCCCAGUACAACACCCGUAACGCUUUCAACCUCCACUCGACCUCCACCACCAAUCAAGCCGCGACAGGUGAUAGUCUCAUCCCCCGGUUCGCCUAGCAGCGAAGAAUCAGCUUCACCGGAACCAGUUAACAAAGGACUUGGUGGGUUGGGCUUCGCUAGUAGUGAAACGACUGAACAAAUAACGCCCACUAGUAGUGUGGAUACAGAUCAGGAAGGAAAUUCUGCACACCCAGAGGAAGGAGAGCGUGGUGUAGAAGGUGAUGCGGAAGCGAGUGACGACGAUGUAUCAAAAAUGCGUUGAAUGAUGCUGCUUCCUAACGUGUACAAAAUGGAAAGUCAAUUGUGAAGCUGCGCUAAGUGAGUAUCAAGAUGGAUAUUCUUUCAAUGAAACGCUAUAAGAAACAGUUCUUUUAUCAAAGAAUACAUUGUUAUAUAAAUUUUUAAAUAUUAUGAAUAGGAUUACUAUUCGUUAUGAGUCCGAGUUACCAUUUGGUCAAAUUUGAAAAUAAUUUUCAAAUCGCCUUUGUUACAAAACUUUAUUCUGAUUACUCACCCUCCUAAUCUAAUACUGCGUAUGAGAACAAUAGUGAACGUGGUUUUUUUUUCGUUCCAUCUUUACAGACUAUCAAUCAAUACAAAUUUAAAUAAGCGACAUUAAAAAAAGUUCAUUUGUAAUUAAAUCCACUACUAUUUACAUAUUGGUUACGAAAAGGUCGAUUUAUACAAUAUACUAUACAUAUAUAGAAAUAUCACGAUAUACAUGUGCUUUUGAUAAAGACUAUUAUUCAUAUAGCGUUAGCUAGACCUACAUACGCAACUAUUUAUAAUGAAUAAUAAUAAUGAAUAAUGAUUAAAUAAUAAUAUCGAAUAUAAAUUCACAAUAUUGUAUAUGUGACAAUAGAAACCAUGGAACUCACCAAAUGAUAAUAAUUACAAGUUACGAAACACUAACUUUUAACCAUUAAUAGCCAGUAUUAUCAUAUGUUUCUUUGCCCAUUGCAUCCAGUGAGAAUAUAGACAUGUAUGGAUGGGUAAGAGAUUCUAAAAAAAAAAACUAUUAAGUAAAAUAAAUAGGCAAAUGCAUAACCAAAGUGAGACAUAGCUUUGCAAAUAUACCAAUAUUUGUAAAAUACACUUCGCACAGUUAGACGUAUUGUGAAAAAAAAUAUUUAAUCUAGGUCGAUACAUUAUAUGACGAUUAUAAUGAACCAUAAACGUAUCUAAUGCCGUGUCUUGGCCUGCCGAAAGAGCAUGUUUCAGUACACUUAAAUUUGUUUGGAGUAAUAACAACGUAUACAGAAUAUCUCUCAACUUUCAGAGGUCUUAAGCCUCUAUACACGAAAACUUGAGGUAUAAGAGCUUGCAUACCAUUAAUCUUUUAUGUACUCUUAUUGCAUAUCAGCCAUUUACAGACGAUAAUUGCAACAGUACAUAUUAGAAUUUGAAGGAUCAGAACAUGUACAAGAUAACCUGGAGUAAAAGUUUUCCAAGUAUAACUCCAGUAUUCUUUGCGUUGGGAUGAGAGAUGUGAUAGUCAUCAAAGCUUCUCGUUGAUCAUUCCAUUUAGGUUUUUUUCGGAUCACAUCAAAAAGCCUCCAUGCAGGCUGAUGUGUGCUUCGUAAUUCAAAUGACACGGCUACGACAUCUUUUUCUAUUUUUUCAAUAAACAUUUUCUUUAUACAGGUUUUUCUGAGCCCAAAUUUUAUUGUAUAAAAAAUGGGAACCUUUACUUCUGCAGGAAAUGAUCAUCAUCGUCUUUGUAUUCCGAUUUAAUCUAGCACUAACUUAACACAAUGGACCAUAUUUAUCAUACUAAAAUGUUUCUAAAAGUAUUUUUCUUUUUCUUCAUUUAUUCAGAUCAGUUACGUAAUGACUGACAAUGAAUCUCAGUCUCUUUUACACGUGUACAUAUAUUAGUUGAUUAUUGCCUAUUGCACGUUAAAUCGUUACAUUUUAAUUCUCGCGCUGAAACGCCGGAUUGUAUCUGUUUACCAAAAAAAAAAUAAUAUUAAUAAUAAUUAUAAUAAAAUAACAAAAAUUACUAAAGCCACGUGAGGAAAUUCCUCUCAGAACCAAGUAAUUAUAAUCAGAAUCAGCUACUUGUUUAAAUGCGUUGCUGACAAUGACUGUAAUUUUUUGCAACGCAAUUUAUCGAAUUAUUUUUACCAUUAUACAUAAUCAAAUAUGAAUUAAGUAUUAACAAUAUCAAACUAGUGAAUUAAAAAAUACAAAUAGCGUUUACUUUACGAAAUUGCUAUUUGAUUGAUUGAAAUGACUGCGAUAAGAUUGUCGAACAAUA